AUGGCCGGCAGGACUGUGAGGAGGGUGAAGCGAGGCCGAGUUAAAGAAUCUGCUAAUGGCCACGGGCAGCUUCCAGCUAUAAUAGUGACCCCGCCAGAGACCGUCGAAGAUAUGAAAAUAAAAGUUCCCGAGAGUUCUAGCGAAGCAAAGAAUGGUAAACAGGCUCUUAACGGCGACACUGACGACGCAGUAAGUGGAACGGCCGACAAUAUGACAGAUUUCAGCGUUAAACAGCUGAUUGCGCAGCUGUCAGAAAACUCGAGGGCGUCAAGGGAGGAGAUAGAGAACAUACAGCGAAGGCUAAUGCAGCAGGCUAACGAAAUAAUGAAAGUCAACGAGUUCGCCAACUCUGGACUGGGCGAGCCGAGAGUUAUCGCCGCCACUCAGAAGUACAGCACCGCCUUAUACGGUCAGCUGCCAGUUGCGCCUAGGAAUGCUAUAAUUAACGGUACACCGAAUUCGGUCCUAAACCAGCAAUCGGCGCGGACCGAUACGCAGCUGAUACCAGAAAGGCUGCAGGAGGCGCGCACAGAUAUUGUCAGCGGCGCCGCGAACAGCGGCCGAGGAAACGUCCGAAGGGUCUGCGCGUCGGACGCGGGAAGGAUUUUUUUCCAAGAAACAAGUUCUGCGCCGCGAGCGGACGCCAGUGCGCGGUCCGCCACCACGAGAGGUACAGUCGAGGGCGUGCCACCGUACAGGAUGCCGCCGGCGCCGGAGGCAGCCCUGCCCGGAGCGCCCGCGCCCCCCGCGGCAGCCCUGCACACGCACUCCGCCAAGUUCCCGAUUGAACGCGAGGUCAUAAUAUCCUCCGGGGAUAAAAAUUCCAAGGUGCCCAUACUACAGGAUGCGAGGAAGAGGGGUCGGCUGGGCGCAGUAGCCCCUGACACCCCGCCGAAGACCAUGUCUGCUUGGACACACGCUGAGAACCAGCAAGCAGGCACCUCGGGCGAUUUCAGGCAGUAUCACGACCAGAACUACAGCUACGCGAUGCACCAGAACCAGAAUCAAGGCGCCGUCGCGAGGAACGUUCAAAAUUACGACUCUCCCAAACCACCAAUACCGACAAAAAACUACGGCACCAAGGCCGACGCCCAAAAUAACUCGCACCAUAUCACAGUCACGGUGGAAACUGGCAAAGACAGCACGAGGGACGCUCCAAAAAGUACGAAGUCCGUCAGCAAGACCUAUCACACGCUGAAGGAUAUGAUAUCAAGCAGAUUCAAGAACAAGGAGAGCAAUGACGGUGAAAAGUCUGAGGAAGCCAGCUUAAACAACAUUGAAGAGCGAAAGAGGCCGGAGACCGAACAGGUGACACCGAGGGAGACGCCCACGAGGAAGGUCGAGCAGGGGAUUUAUGGAAGGCCAAUGCCCCAAGCCAGGCCGGAUAUGCAGUACUCGCAUGGAAUGACGAACAACAUCGCCUACCAGAGCCCUUCACCACACAGACAACUUAUGCAGCAACAAAUAGUCCAGCAACAAAUGAUGCUGAACCAACAAGCGAGAUCGCAGGAGAUGUUGGCAUCCACUCCACAUGCUCGUCCCCAAGCACUGGGUGCAGACGCCUUGUAUCAACAGUAUGGCCCUCCAGGUAGACGCAGUGCUGUAUACCAGAGGGACAUGGAUGUGAGGUCCAUGGCUAACUUCACUUCAUUGAAAACUGGACCACAAAGUCAGUUUGACAAUUCACAUUCAAGACUUGACCUUAGAAGCCCACAGCAAUUAGAAAGGGAGAUUGUAAGGCAAAGAGGAUUGAUUGAAGGAAGACGAGCGGCAUCGCAUCCUCAUCUUCUCGACGAACCGCCACAGAGACCAGAAGUCAACACUCCACAAAUCCACGAAAGAUCGAGAAGAAACUCACACGGGAAUCUCUUAGAUGGGUUGCCAAAUGAGAAUAACCCACAAAGAAAUAAUGUUGACGAAAGGGAAUCUGAUGAUGGCGGAUUUAGACUUCGGUUAGCGGCGCAAGCAAGGUCAAGUUUCGAAGAGCGGAUUCGAACGAGCGGAAGAUCUGUGGAAUCUAACAGACAGGAGAGAAUACAGGAAAAUGUUUACAGACGAACACCUGAAAGCAAUAGAGAACCUCGCCGAACACCAGACUCACUCGCUAACCGCCAUAAAGAGGAAGCAACCAACUUUCAAGGGCCCGAUAGAAACGAUGAGAGUGCAAGUCAAAAGUCAGCUGAUAGUGUUUACAAUUCAAGCGGAAAAACUGAAGCAUAUCACCCGCAGCCAUCUUCUUCCAGACAAACACCGAAUAGAAUAGAAGACUUAAAAGCCCACGGAAAGAAAGCUAACGGCUCAGGAGCUAGUUCGGACUACGACAAGAACGGAGGGCAGUCAUCCAACGUGGACUCAGGCAGGGGCAGCGUGGCGUAUUCGAGUGGCAGGAGACCGGAGGCUAGCCCUCACGACACGUCGGCCGAAUCGGACGCUGUCACCCAUUCGAGAAGUCAACCUCAACCCGGCACUAGUCAGCAGCAAGCGGGGCCAAGUGGCGAAAACGAGUGGGCGGAUCUCGUCGAGUGUGAAUUACGUCAAAUUCUGGAACCUAAACUGUCAGGGCUUCGGUUGGAAUCGUCGGCGAGCUCCGAUGGCUCGGUGACGCCUCCGCUACCGCCUAUCUCACCAUCCUCCGAUCUUCACAAACGAAAUAGCCUACCGGGUCGGUCAUCAGAGUAUCCGGAGGAAAGGAGAAGAAACCGUGAAUCUCCACGUUGGCACUCCCACAAGAAACACUCUUCCAAGCGUGAACACCACUACAAGAAACAUUUGUUCGGUCUGGACACGACGGACGUGACGUCGACGACGACGCGCAGCCUGGACCUGUCGUCGCUGCUGGGCGCGCGCUCCGACAGCGACGCUUCCGGCGGCGACGCGCGCGCCAUCCGGCGGCAGCUGCGCGGCCUCGAGAACAUGUACGCGGAAGUGCUGCAGCUGCUCGGCGUGCGGCGGCCCGCGCCCGCCCACACGCCCGCCUGGGAAGCGAGGCUCUCAUCAAAACGCCGCUACGGGAGCAUGUCAUCGCUGCCGUCAAGCUCGGUGAGCAGUAGGCCCAUCAGAGACAAGCGACGCAGCUCCAACGAGCACAGAAAGAAACAUGACCUGAAGGGUAUAAACAAGAGAUUCCAGAGACUUGAGUCGCACGUUGUCACACUCGCCCGUUCAGUCGCACAUCUCUCCAGUGAGAUGAGGACACAGCAUCUGGUGAUGCAGGAGAUGGACAAUAUACGAGCAGAGAUCGCCGCUCUACGACAUAUGUACAAGUCUCAGCAGUACAUCCGCUCCGGACAUCAGAGACACCUAGACCCAUACUCGUUCAGCAAUCCGGACAGAGUCAAGCGCCUCACCAAGUUCUUCGGAGACGAACCGCCCCUCAUGAGACUAUUCCUUAAGAAAUUGGGAUAUGAGAAAUACGCGGCGUUGCUAGAAAAGGAAAAAGUUGGAGCGGCGGAACUACCUUACGUGGGUGAAGACAAGUUGCGAGCUUUGGGUGUACCGCUGGGCCCCAGGAUGAGGAUUUUGAAGGAGGCCGGCAUCCACCAGGAUCUGCACCACGCGUCCAGAGACGACCACAACACCACCACGACAUUAGCUAUAGUU